CUUCGCAGAGACUCGGGGAGGCGGCCGAAGCCGGGCGAGCGAGAAGGGGUGUCGGGAUCGCUCUUUGCCCGCGCCUCACUCCCCCAUGCUAGGAGCCCGGAAGCGGCUACAGCACCGGCAGGAAGUAGGGCCCAACCAUCCCUCCUGCCUUCCCCGCCCGCGGUCCGCUGCCGGGAGGGAGCUCGGAUGAGCUGUAGAUGAAUACAGAAAAGCAGAGCACAAUGCUGCUGUACAAAUCCAGAGCUGGUUUCGAGGCUGCAGGGUCCGAGCAUACAUCAGGUAUCUGAACAAAAUGAUGAUUAAUAUCCAGAAAUGGUGGAGAGGCUAUCAAGGAAGAAAACACUUCAGAAAAAUGGUGGAGACAGCAUAUUUUAUUAUGAAGAUGAAUUUCUACAAUGAAAUGGCUGUCAGGAUUCAGAAAAGAUGGCGAGGCUAUUAUAUCCGAAAAUAUAUCCAUAAUUACUAUGCACUGAAGAAAUAUCUGGAAGCUAUUUCUGUGAAUAAUGAGAUUGUCAGGAAAGAACUAGAGGAGUUUGCAGAGAUGAAGGAGAAAGAAAAGGAGAAAAAAGACCUAGAAAGGAAAGAAAAGAAAAAGGAUCACCAAGCCCGAAAGAUGCAUUACCUCCUCAGCACAGAGCAGAUGGCAGGUGUGUACAACUCACCAUUCAGACAAUCACCCGAUCCAAUGGAAGUACGGUUACGGAAGGCAAGACCUUUUAGCCACAGACAGCAACAAAUAAAGAAGCAUCUUACUGAUGAGAUUUCUGACUGGCCAACUUGUACAAGUGCCCUAACUUUCCCUACAAUGAAGCCUCUUCCACCCAUUGGCAGACAGAAACCUCAGGGGCCCUUCCGUGAUACUGCUGAAGUAAUGCAGCAACGCUACAAGCCUUUGGAACCAACCUUGCGGGUGGCAACAUCAAUCAAUUCACUAGAAAAGGCCAGAGAGGAAAUCAAGAGAGAGGAAUGGAGAAACCGCAUAAAUGACAAUAAAUUUUUGCCAUUUUCUUCAUGUCAUAAAAACCAGGAGUAUGACCCAUUAAUUCAUACAUCAAGUAAAUAUGGCCAAAUGACUUAUGGAAUUAAACAUUUCCGAGAAGAACAUCAUGAGAAAUGGGUAGCAAACAAGAACUUCGAAACAGUGUUACCGUCCAUUGAUCUCUUUGAUAAGUUUGGACAAACAUAUUCCAAAGCUGGGCAAAUAGUGUAAACAUCUAUCUAUACUGUAUCUAUUCUAUCCAGUAUAAAAACUUCUGAUAAGCUAUAAAACUAGCAAUAAAGAUCUUUGAGAAAAUGCAAAGCACAAUGUUGAUUAACUUUCCUCCAAGGAAUGUAAAUGUUUUCCAUAAAAUGUUGUAUGCUACACCUAUAAUUAAGUAGUAUUACACUACUUGAUCUUUUAGAAAUGCAGGUUUUUUUAUUAAAAAUCUUUAUAGUUCUGGCAAAUGUAAUGAAUUAGGAAAUCUGUCUGACUCUUAUAACUCUUUUAUAAAAUCCUUCAUUUAUUAUAUAUAUAUAUAUAUAGAGAGAGAGAGAGAGUAAUGAAUGGAAAAAUCAUGGAUAAGAUCCAGCAACUGUGUUUAUUAGAAUUAUGUACAUGUGUUAACUACAGUAUAAACAUUAUUUUCUCUGAAACAUGUAAACCUUGAAAUCUAACUCAUGGAAGAAUCUACAAAUGUUGAAAUUUUCUCCUUUGGGGCCUGAACAAGAUCUUUUACAAUCAAUGGCUCCCAGGGGAGCUGGAUUGGGCCAUUUAUACAGAUAUUUCUGCUUUAAAUCCUUCAACUUUUCUGUGCUUGUUAUAACUCUGCAGAGUUAAGAAAGAAAAACUGCAAUUCUGUAACACUUUCACAUAUUAGCUUGUAGGCAAAUCCAUUUAUACAUAUUUACAGUAUUCCAUGUAUUGCAUUUUACUCCUGGUCCAAAAAACCUCUUGUGAUAAGAAGACUGGCACAUGGGAGGAUAUGUUGCAAAACAACCACAUUAUAGAUGGUUAUGGAUGAACACAUUUUUGAUCACACAAAAUUCAUUCAGGUCAUCAUAUCCCACAUACAUUUUCACUAGAGCGUGCCCCUGCAAAGUUCUGAGCACCCUUGGUUCCCAUUAACUGCAAUGCGAAUCGAGAGUGCUCAAUCACCUCCUGGGAGGAGGAGUUCAAUACCUUGCAGGACUGGGCUAUAAUUUAUUUCUUCAAAUAAUGCCAGUGGAUUCUGUUUUCAUAGCACUUUGCUGUCUGAAUGCUUGGAGAGAUACUGUAUUUUUCUCCUCGUGUAAUCUGGAAUAUUUACUUCUCAACUGAAAAAAAACUUUUUUUAUGGAUGAUUUUUUAUAAUGUGGGCCUACUGUCUUCUCCAAAUGAGCAUGCAACUCCCAUUGUCUGGUGUUAUGCACACGAAGGGGUGUCUCUAUACUAGGAAUUGAACCAUUGCUGACAGAGGUUUGCAGCACCAAGUCUACCUGAACCAGUAUUGAAAAUAGUUUAUGUACUAGUAUAGACAGGGCCAAAAUAUUUUCAAUCCCAUUUCAGAAAGUCUGAGACUUGCGGGAACCAGAGGACAGGAGAAUCCUCAGAGAUGGGAGGAAAAACAUAUGCCACAUUUUAUAAAUGACAGUGGUACAAAACAAAGAGGUCAGCAUUUGAGACAAGAAAGAAGGACUGUAUUUUUGUUCUUUUGCACUUUUUAAUUU